AUGGCAGCGCCCGAACACGCCAUCUACUAUCUAUAUUCCAUACCAGGCCUGAUUCCAUACAAGGUCCCCCAUAAUUUACCACUGUAUAAAUUGCAGGUAAUAUUCAAUCUGUUAUUAUUUUUCAACAGGUCUGCUGCUAAGGCCGAGUUUCCUUCUGAGAAACUAAUUGCAGAACUGAAUUCAUCUUUAUGCUGGAAGGAGAAUACUCUUUCAGUUCUUAAACACAUUUGGAAUGAACAGGGAAAGAUUUUAAGCAGCUCAGACUUAACACAAACCCUGAAUGUUGGGCAGUUACUUGACAUGAAAUGGAAACUUUCUGUUGGAGUGAGUUCUAGCUCUUGUCGCAGUCUGAAUUCUCCCUACAUCACAGCUUUGGUAACAGUGACAGAUCCCUCUGGGGCAAUCACUUCAAAGUCCUUUGAAAUGACCAUUGGCGAAUUUAAGAAAUUUGCCAGUCAAAUGAGGGAGAUUGCAUCAGUUCUGGAGACGGUCUAACGGAGGAGUUGUAAGAGAAACAUUCGUUCUGUGGAAAUUGUCAGAUGUGUAAAAUACGAUUGGAAAAAAAACACUCUGUAGGACAAAACCAACUGAACAAGUGUAAAAUACGUUUUAUAGCAAUGAUUUUGUAAGAAAAAUGCGCCUUCAAAAUAUCAAUGAAUUUCAAGACGUUUGAGUUUGAACCCUCGUUUUAUUGGUUCAUCAUUUACGAGUGUAAAGGUUAUAAAAACGUACAACUGUAAUACACAUUUUAAAGAUAUGAUUCAGCAAGAAAACCAUGCCUUCAAAAUAUUUAUACGCUACAAUAUGUUUUGAAUUUAAGAAGUCUUGUUUUAUACAUGAACCUCUCCUAUUUUGGGCCAGAGGUUGAACUUCUUCAAAAUAACUAAAAUCGCAAAAUACUGCGAAAGACAUAACUGCAUAAUUAUAUUGAGAUUUUAUGACACAAAGCUCUGCCUUAUGGCAAAGUAGAAGACAAAAAAAAUUCUUGUCAGUUCAUUUUAACAGUAAAUGCAGUCCUUUUUACCUUAGUUUACAAAUAGCGAUAAAUAGAGAGCAUAAAGCUCACCGUUUGCCUCUCAAGUAGCAUUGGGAUGUUUUGACCCUGGGGAAAAAACCCUUUCAUUUCAAAACAGCUUUUUGUUUUGUUUUCAAUAUAACAGUAUUCGAUUACUACAGUACUCGAUUGCCACAGCAGGAGUAUUUCUAAGAAAAAUAAUUUUAAACAAUGCAGGACUCUUCGCAAACCAACUAAAAAUUGUUCACACGCAGUUGUCUGGAAGGAAUUUGAAAGUGCUAGGGGAUCACAUCGGAGAGUUUUAUUU